AUCUGGGGCUGUUCAGCACAAAGACGCUGGUGGAGGCGAGCGGCGAGCACGCCGUGGAAGUCCGCACACAAGUGCAGCAGCCGUCCGACGAGAACUGGGACCUCUCAGGCACCAAGCAAGUUUGGCCGUGCGAGAGCAGCCGUUCGCACACUACCAUCGCCAAGUAUGCCCAGUACCAAGCAGCCUCGUUCCAGGAGUCGCUUCAGGAGGACAAAGAGACCGACGAUGAGGAGACCGAGGAGCCGGACAGCACCACAGAGACGCCGCCCAGCAACCCGGAUCAGAAGCCGCACCAAAUAAUCAAGUUUGGGACCAACAUCGACCUCUCGGAUGCCAAGCGAUGGAAGCCGCAGCUCCAGGAAUUGCUGAAGCUGCCUGCCUUUAUGCGAGUUACGUCGACGGGAAACAUGUUGAGCCAUGUGGGCCAUACCAUUCUGGGCAUGAACACGGUGCAACUCUACAUGAAGGUCCCUGGCAGCCGUACUCCAGGUCACCAGGAGAACAACAACUUCUGCUCCGUGAACAUCAACAUUGGACCCGGGGACUGCGAGUGGUUUGCUGUCCACGAACAUUACUGGCAGAACAUCAGUGCCUUCUGUGACAGGCAUGGGGUGGAUUAUCUCACCGGCUCCUGGUGGCCCAUCUUAGAAGACCUCUACCAGUCCAACAUCCCCGUCUACCGCUUCAUCCAGCGUCCGGGAGACCUGGUGUGGAUCAACGCCGGGACGGUGCACUGGGUACAGGCCACGGGAUGGUGCAACAACAUUGCGUGGAACGUCGGUCCCCUGACAGCUUACCAGUACCAGCUGGCGCUCGAACGCUACGAAUGGAACGAGGUGAAGAACGUCAAGUCCAUCGUGCCCAUGAUCCACGUCUCCUGGAACGUCGCGCGGACGGUCAAGAUCAGCGACUCGGACUUGUACAAGAUGAUCAAGUACUGCCUCAUGCAGUCCAUCAAGCACUGUCAGGUCCAGCGGGAAAGCCUCGUCCGAUCCGGGAAGAAGAUCGCGUACCAAGGGAGGGUGAAGGACGAGCCGGCCUACUACUGCAACGAAUGUGAUGUGGAGGUGUUCAACAUCCUUUUCGUGACCAGCGAAAACGGCAGCAAGAACACAUACCUGGUGCACUGCGAGGCCUGCGCCCGGAAACGGAACUCGUCCCUCCACGGCGUUGUGGUACUCGAACAGUACAAAACCGAAGAAUUGAUCGCCAUCUACGACAGCUUCACCCUGGCCCCGACGCCGAGUUCAAGAUGAGCCAUAUCACGCCCAGACGCCGAUGUCUGGGCUCGCUUUCCCAUGCUUGUUUCUCCCACUCCACUGUGAGUGUCUGGGGCAGAAGGUGCUGUAGCCCCCUUCUCUGCCUCCACCCAUCCCGAAACCGAGCCUCGAUUUCCCCUCCGUUGCUUCCUCGCAAGCUGUCCUGAGCCGGAAGGGGCACGGAACCGAUCACGAGCUUCAUUUCUCUCCCUUCCUCCCUCCGGAUGGACGCUGUCUUUUUAAUUUAUUCUUCUUCAAAAAGAGAAAAAAAAAA